GUACGAGCAAAUGGCGGCCCGAUGCGACAGCGAUGGACGUGGAGAUGAGCACUAAGGAUAAGUGUCGUCUCUUCAGCGAACCCAACCACGAUUCCAUGGAGUUCUACAGCCCCCUCUACCCCGACCAAUACCCAAAGAACACUGAGUGUAUCCUCAGUCUUGAAGCUGAGUAUGGCUACGUCAUACGAAUAGACUUCCGGGACUACUUCAACCUAGAGCCAUCGGAAAAGUGCCAGUUCGACUUUCUGGAGGUGCGGGACGGCGCUCAUGGCUACUCCGAUCUCAAGGGCACCUUCUGCGGCAGCGUCUUUCCUCCCAUUAUCACCUCCAAGGACAGGCACUUGUGGCUCAGGUUCACCUCAGACGACACCAUUGAGGAGAAAGGCUUCAGGGCCGUCUAUCAAUUUAUCGAAAAUAAAGCCCUGGACCGGCCGGAGAUCGGUCCGUGCCAGUUCGAAGUGUCUGGAGUCCAGGGCCUCAUCUCUCACGACAACAUCAGCCAGUCGAGACUCAACUACUCAGUCGAAUACAACUACCCCGUCGACUGCACCUGGGUCAUCAAAGUGCGACCCUCAGAGAAGAUCUACAUGUUCUUUGAGACCUUCGAGCUACAAGAGCCUAACGAGUGUGAUAUGAACUACGUCGACAUCUUCGGCAAGGAGACAGACUUGAGGAACCGCCUCCAGCACUACUGUGGCUCCGUGGCCGACCCCUUCGUUACCAACGGCAACCUCAUGCACUUUCGCUUCUUCGCCGUCAAGAAGGCCCUCAAGUCGAAGUUCAGGGCCUGGUUCACCGCCUUCAGGGACCGCAUUCAAGACAACGACGACGAGACCCAGCAAUGUUUCGACACGGAAUAUGACUGUGACGAUGCUACCUGUAUCCACUACUCCCUCAGGUGUAAUGGUAUCAGAAAUUGUCGCCACGAGUACGACGAGGAGGGUUGUAACUCACUGAAGAAGCUGAAGUUCGACAUCCGCUCAGAGCACAUCAUCAUCAUCCUGACGUUGGGUUGCGGUCUGCUGGGAGGCAUGUGUUUCGCUAUGUGCUUCAACUGCAUUAGAAAACUCAUCAGGGAUGGCAGGCAAAUACAUGAAAAUAUUCGUCGAUCCCGUGAACAGCUGGAGGAGCGUAGUCAGCGGAGUCAGAGUAUGUCAGUCACAUCAUCACCCCAGGCAGCCCACAGACCUACCAUGAAUGAAAGCGGCCCCUGGUACAUCUCUGAUGCCAAGACCAAUGGUCAUCCCUGCAUAAGGCCGGAGUCGGAAUCUGAGAGUGAAGGUGAUGAGGAUGAGGACGAAGAGGAGAUUGAUGACAUGGAAGAGUCUUGUGUCGAGAUGCGUGAUUGUGAGUGUCAAACGAGGGACUCUCUGCUCACUCAGAGAGACUCUGGCCAGACUCGGCUUCCCAUGACGCCGCCACCCCCACCACCACCAAACAGACGCCCCCCAGGCCUUCCUCCCCUGGGCUCGGGUCCCCCUCCAUCAGUGCCCACCCCUCCCCCUCCCCCUGGUUCUCAUUACGGCCGGUUCCCAGCAGGAUCAUCAGGGCCACCAUCAGAUCACUAUGGCACUUACGGAAGAUCCCCGGUACCACGACACAAUGACCCCUAUGAGGUAGAUGAUCAAUCCGAUGAUCCCUAUGGUCAAAGGUACCGUGCUGAGGCUGUCAUUGAGAUGAGAGAACGAGGUCCCUAUGAACCUACCAAGUCGCCUAAAACUACACCUGAUGUUCUAGCUACACAUUGAAAUUGCAACGUUGUUAGGUAUUGACAAAUUUAUUAUAUCUCCAACCGGAGAUUCCCUGUACAUGACUCGGUUGUUAGAGUUCACCUGUACCUAUUAUGCACUCUUGAUAUUUAUUAGUCAAGAACUGCAGACUCAAAUAAUAAAGAUCAGACAAUGAAAGACAGGUAGAAUCGACGUCUUUCUCAGUAUGGAACUUUGGGUUCCAUAUAACUGCCUUUCCUUUUUCCUUGAGUCUUUGACAGCUAUUGAUAUGGUAGUCAGUAGCCCAGGAAGCCUCGGACCUUGCCUCAUAAAGUAAGAGAAAAUACUCCCCACCAGUGAAUAUAUCUGGUGUGAAUACAUUAAUUUCCUGCAUUAUACCUCAUUUUGUAUAUAAUUUAUAGAUUUGUUUCACUGACAUGGAGAUAUUUUUAGGUUGGAAAAUAUCAAGUCCUUUUGUAUUUUCGGAAAAAUAAUAGUUUUUGCCCAUGUUGAGAAGCGUCAGUGAUAUCCAAUACAUGUUUUGAAUCCUUAAGCAGUUUGAGAUGUUAAAUGCUGGUGUGUAUUAACAUUGACAAUUUCGGUAAGUUGUGGAAUAUUUAUUUUUCUUCAGUAUUUGGAAAAAAUACAUAAAUGAAUGUUUUAAAAAGUGAUUUAUUUUUUCAUAUUUUGAUUCUGCUGGCAAUUGUGAUUCACUAGACCAUUCUGCUCAUACAUUGAUAACUUUUAGCUGUAAAGAUUAGAUUUCUGAAGCCUGGAAAUGAAACCACUGCCAGCAUUUAUGAAAACUGAUGAUAAUAUUUAAAAACUAAGAUUAUCACUGGUUUUCGAAAUGAUAUCAUUGUUUUUCUGUUGUAUACUUUGCUGAUAUUGAGAUUUAAUUCUCGGUUGGAAAUGUAUGCAUCAGCGGGAUUUAAUGCAGAGAACAGGAUUUGAAAACUUGCAUUUAUAAUGAAUAUAUUUGCAUAUCUAUUUACACUUGUAAAUACAAUACUGUAAGAUAAUAAUUAUAUUAGAUUUUUUUCCAUAAAGACAAUCAAUGUAGAUGUUGGAAAAUGUACCAGGUUGAUGGUGUAAGACAUUUUAUACUGCCUUGUUUUAUAAGAAGAAUUUGGGAGUUUUGUAUGGCAGGCAUAUAUUAUUAAAUAUUAUUCCUUCCAUAUUGAAGAUGAGCUGAUAGCUUGAAUGCUAGAUCUAUUUUAAUUGUAACUGCUUGAAAGUACAGGGCAUUACGCCUUCUUGUUAAUCUGUCUAGCUCUAACUUAAUUUGUUAAUAUAUACAUGUGUAUGUAUG